AUGAAGAAUUUGACGGUUCCUGUUGUUUUUGAGGUGGAGUUGGAUCCUGACAACAGCCAUAAACCUAGAAAAACUUUACCAAGGACAAAAUUUACUCUAGAACUCCAGGCUUUGACCGAAGUCGAACACGGUUACGCAGAUGGGGGACAAGAAGCUAAUAAUAACUGUCAAGAAUCGCCACGUCUUGUGGUUGAAUCGGAUCUUGGUAUCUCCCCAAAAGAUGAUAGUCAAAAACGUACAAAAGAGGACGUUGCGAAAUCAGCCAUAAGUGAGGUGCAAAAAUUACUCCCCAAAUCUCGAGUUUCAAGCCCAACAGAUCUUGCCAAUGCUAGCUUUUGUCAGCUACCACUUUUUGUCGCAGACGACUGUCGUGACUUGCCUCAUCAAGGUAAAAGUGAAGAUGACAAUUUUUUUGAAAGCGUCUGGGUAUCAAAAACGAACAUAGACGCUGUAUUGGUUCAAUUGUUUUGUAUGACUGAAGAACAACUUGCAAUGAGGAUCAAUGGUGGUGCAAAGAAACCAACUGCUAAAGAAACUGCUUUGUCGAUAGGAGAUUCCAGUUCACAGGACCUGAAGCGAAGAGUUUCAACUGCUGUGUCAUCUGGAGUUCCUCGUCCAAAUGUCAGUGAUAGAUUAAAGCUCCGGCCAUCUUUCACUGCUAACGAAUUUUUAGAAGAAACUAAAAAUUCAGAAUAUAAAUUGCCUGAAUAUGAAAGAACUUGGUCAUCUGGAAACGCCAUAGACGCUGUAUUGGUGAAAUUGUCCUGUAUGACUGAAGAACAACUUGCAAUGAGGAUGAAUGGUGGUACAAAGAAACCAACUGCUAAAGAAACUGCUUUGUCGAUAGGAGAUUCCAGUUCACAGGACCUGAAGCGAAGAGUUUCAACUGCUGUGUCAUCUGGAGUUCCUCGUCCAGAUGUCAGUGAUAGUUUAAAGCCCCUUUUCUAUUUUAUAUUUUAUAUUGAAGUAUUCUUAUUUAUAUUUUGUAUAUUUUGGUAA